CGGUGAGAAUUCUUUUUUGCACGUAGGCCAAUUUCUGCGGUUUCAACCAAGCUCUUUCUAUUGUGGUAAAUUAAACUAUACCAAUGUGUACGUGACCAAAACAAACGCCUCCAGAAAAGCGGGCAAACGAUCGUUUAGGAAUUCCUCCAUGGUUUUACUUGAAUAAACUACAAGCCUAUGUAAAUUCUGUAAGACGAUGCCGCCACAGUUUGCAACAAAAUCAAAGAUUGCAUUUUUGUUUCAAACGAUAAUGCUGUAUUGCAAUGCGCACUCACUCACGCGCAGUAUUUCUAGGUCAAGUAUGGGGUCAUGUCAGGUCGCUUAAAAAUAUCAACAUCGCACGGCGACGCACGUACACACAAACUGCCAUGCCAAUGCCAUCAACAGCUACAUGUAUAUAUCAGCGUUGUGCAUUACACUUCCGGGUCCACAAACGAAUUCCGAGCAGUUGAACUUGGUUUUAUGUGUGUUGAUGGUGUGUGUGGUCCAUUCUUCAUUCAGUAGAUGACUUCUGUUCGGUAGUUAUAUAAAAGCUGUGUUUUGCGGUUGAAUACGGUCGGUUCUGUUGCCGAUUUUGAGGGGGAUCGGAUUCGGAGCCAAACACUGCCAAAGUCGGUCAACCAGAACUUCACACCAGCUACACGACAAUUCACUGACUGACUGUGCUGUUACUGACUGACACUAUGAACAUGUUUACACACUAGUCUUUCUGUACGACUAAGUGGAAGUGCAUGGUCAAGAUGGUCGUUCCACUUUCUUUUAUAAAAGUAUUUUAAAGUCUACCUCAACGAUUUAUCAUAUGAAAACUUGCCAACAACCUGCAAGAACAGCCCUAGUUCAGGAGAAGUUUGUUAUUUAUGCUGUAAAAUUGAACCAUGGUCGGAUAUUGAACUGACAAUGACAUCAAACGGUCAGCAGAAGUCGGAGCAGAAUUUCUCUUCCAUGAAGUUUCGAGACUACCCAUUACCCCUGGACGAUAUACCCAGACUUCAUGUAGAUGAUCCGGACGUAAGCAGAUAUAUUGCUCAAACGAGGCCAGUGGUGAUAACGGGUACCAAGCUUGCAGAGCCAGCAUUGAAAUGGGACCUAGACUACCUCCAAGAAAACAUAGGCUCAGGAAUGUUCAAUGUAUUCGAGGCCAAAGACAGAGGUCAUAAGUUCAUGUACUACGACCCCAAGAAGGCCCAGUUCAAUAAGGACUUCAAGCCACAGAUGCAAUCGAUGAACUUGAGUUUUCCAGACUUUGUACAUCGCCUGCGAGCUUCGAGACCGGGCGACAACAGAUUAUAUCUACAGCAAGCGCUGAACAACACCGUUGGACCAGCUUUAGUUCAGGACUUUGUUCAUUUUAAUUGGUCAUGGGUCACUGCUCAACAGAGGAAGUACAACUGGGGCCCACUGACGUCAAACCUCCUGCUGGCCUCAAUGGCAGGUAACGUGACGCCAGCCCACUAUGAUGAGCAGGAGAACCUGUUUGCUCAGGUACAAGGUCACAAGAGGGUCAUCAUGUUCCCACCCAGUCAGUUUGGAAGCCUAUACCCAUUCCCGGUCAACCACCCAUGUGAUAGACAGAGCCAGGUCGACUUUGAGAACCCUGACUAUGAAAAGUUUCCAAAGUUCCGGAAUGCGAAGGGUCUCCAGACGGUCGUUGGACCCGGCGACGUUAUCUAUAUUCCAAUGUAUUGGUGGCACUACAUUGAAUCCUCUAUCGAUGGCGGAGAAACAAUUUCAGUCACAUUUUGGUACAAGACCACACCUAUCUCAAAAACGAUAUCGUAUCCGCUGUCGGCUCAGCAGAAAGUCUGCAUCAUGAGAAAUAUCGAGAAGAUGCUUGGAGACGCCCUUAAAGAUCCAGAAGAGAUUGGUUCAUUACUGCAUACCUUAGUGCAAGGUCGCUAUGAAGACAGCCAUAAACUAAUGGACCAGACGUAACCAGCUGUCGUCGGGAACAAGAAGAAAAAGCCACUUUGCCAAAAACUGUAAAUAUGCCGG